AUGCCAUCCGUUCCACGCGUCGAUCGUCUCAAGCCCAUUUACACAGCCGCCAAGGCACUCAAUUUUGGUUGGAGAUUCUCGGAUUUUCUGAAAAUCCCGGCGUACAACGGCAUCUCCCGCUACACAAAUCAGCUGCAUCGCGUCACCGUUCGAUUUUGCAAACAGAGCGAAUCGAGUGUGGGCGUCCGAAAUUUUAUCGAGAAUCAACUUGUUGAAAUUGGUAAGCUUGUAAAUUUUUAGCACCAGAAUUCAUAAACAUCUGUAAUUUUCAGGCCGACAGAACCCGUCAGUUGUAAUUUACGCGCAGCCAGUGCGCAAUUCGAACCCAUCAAUCCGGGCGGAAUACGGAAACGGACGGACAUUGCAGAUCAAUGCGAAGAAUAUGAGCGAGUCGGAAGUGAGCAAAGAUGUGCAUUUGCUUUUUUCGAGGAGCGGCGAGCCGGUGGUCAAGCUCGAGAGCAGACAGUCCGCCUUGGUCCCAUCGGUUCAAGGACAGUGGACACCGAUCACGUGGCUUCCGACGGCGAUGAACACGGAAGAGUUGCCAAAGAAACACUUCUCAGAGCACAAAUCGACGGAAACUUCGGCCACAGACUACAUUCUUCAGAAUCAACCAAAAUGA